AUGUCAACAGACGCUGUCUACACUGCAGCGGGCUUGUUCACUGUCCUCAUUCUCUACGCACUACAUACUACCUACACGAACCCCCUCCGCCACAUUCCCGGGCCCUGGCACAGUCUCCUGACUCGGCUCCCACUGAAGCAUUCCAUCCUCAAGGGCCGUCGCAUGUACUACGUCCAUUAUCUUCAUUCAUGUUAUGGUCCUGUGGUUCGCAUCUCCCCAUACGAGGUUGCCGUCGCGGACCCAGAUGGCUUCGCCGCGAUCCACCGUAUUGGCGGUGGCUUCCUCAAAGCACCCUGGUACAGGAGCUCAAACAUGCCAGACGGCGGUGAGCCGAGCAUCUUUGCCAUGCGGGACCCCAAGAAACACGCCAUCCGGAGAAGAUUGCUAGCAAGGGUCUUCACAAAGACAUCUUUGAGGCGGAAUUGGGAGGAGACUGUGCGAGCGAAUGUCGAAAAAGCUGUAGAAAAGAUAUAUGCUGAGGUGAAAGGAGCCGGUUGUUCGGAUGUGUUAAAGUGGUUUACGAUGAUGACGACGGAUGUGGUGGCUCACUUAUGUUUCGGAGAAUCAUUCAAGAUGCUUGAGCUGGGAGAGAAAAACGACUACAUGAAGAUGCUAGAACUCAUCUCGGUCCAAAACACGAUGCGAUACGAGCUCCCGUGGCUAGAAUUUAUCCGGGAACACCUUCCGACUCUCAAAGCUCCGACAGACACCAUUGAUUCGCAAACGGUAUUGAGAGGCUACGGCGACCGCGCUUUAUCCAACCUCCGUCGGAACAGCGACCGCACUCAGACCCUCUUCACGAACAUGUUGUCCGCGAUUGAAACAGACAACACCGAAAAGAAUGAAGACAUGUUCACCGAGGAAAUGAUGCACAUUGAAAGCAGAAGCAUGAUUGUUGGCGGAUCGGACACAACGUCCAUUACGUUGACCUACCUUGUCUGGGCAGUCUUGAAGCGACCCGAUCUGAGAGUGAGACUCGAAGAAGAAGUGUCGAACCUAGAGCCGGACUUCAACGAUGCCGCUCUAGAGAAGUUACCGCUGCUUAAUGCUGUCACUGACGAGACGUUGAGGUUGUAUGGUGCGGUGUCAGGACAGCUGCCGAGAACGGUGCCGGCCAACGGCGCCACGCUCGGUGGCUAUUUCGUUCCGGGCGGGAUCACGGUGGAGACGCAAGCCUAUACCCUUCACCGGGACCCGGAUGCAUGGCCCGAUCCGCUGCGGUAG